UGAAAACUCAAUCUGGGGACCCUGGUCUCUUCCUCCUUGGUGUUUCAGUUUGCGGCAAAACGAUUGGUUUGGGUUGUCGGUUGGAUAUUGUUGCAGUGUCUAUUGAUUAGAGGUUUAGAAAACUAUAAUUUAUCCUGACCAUGGCAGGCUGUGGGAGCACGGAGGUGCCCGGUCACUCGGCAGUUGACGUGACUCCCGACGGAGACGGAGGGGUGUUGAAGGAGAUCGUCAAAGAGGGCGUCGGCGAGUGUCCGUGCCCAGGCAGCAAGGUCAGGGUGCACUAUGUCGGCAAACUACUCGAUGGUUCGGAGUUCGAUUCCAGCAGAGGCAGAAGCGAACCAUUCGAGUUCAAUCUUGGAAAAGGGUCGGUGAUAAAGGCGUGGGACCUGGGAGUGGCAACCAUGAAGAAGGGGGAGGUGUUUCUUCUCACUUGCAAGCCAGAGUAUGCCUACGGCAAGGCCGGCAGCCCGCCCAAGAUUGGGCCCAAUGCCACACUUGUGUUCGAGAUCGAAAUGUUGGAUUGGUCGGGAGAGGAUCUCAGUCAGAAGAAGGAUGGCGGCAUUACUCGAAACCAAAUUUCCAAAGGAGAGGGCUACACAACUCCCAACGACGGAGCUGUUGUCGAAGUUCAUCUGGUCGGCAAGUAUGACGGUGCGGUGUUCGAGGAGAGAGACGUAACGUUUCCACUGGGAGAAGGCAGCGAGUACGGCGUGUGUGAUGGGCUGGAAAGAGCUAUCGAGAAGUUCAAGAAGGGUGAGAAGUCUCGCAUUUUGCUCAAGUCCAAGUAUGCCUUCAAGGAUGCUGGUAAACCAGAGUGCAACAUUCCACCUCAUGCAGACGUUGAAUAUGUGGUUGAACUGAAAAACUUUGAGAAGGCGAAAGAGAGCUGGUCGCUGGACAGUGAGGGCAAACUGGAGCAAGCCAAAUUUUUCAAAGAGAAAGGCACCAAUUACUUCAAAGCUGGAAAAUAUGAGUUGGCAUUAAAAAUGUACAAGAGAAUUGUUCCAUUCUUGGAAUAUAAUACAGGCUUCGAGGGAGCGCAAGAGGAGGAGAGGAAGCACGUGCUGCUCUCGGGCCAUCUGAACCUUGCCAUGACGCACCUGAAGCUCGGCAACUGCCUGGAUGCGCGGGACCACUGUGACAAGGCUCUCGAGCUCCACCCCAACAACAUCAAAGCCCUCUUCCGUCGUGCCCAGGCGUGGCUGGGAGUCGUGGAGCCAGAGAAGGCGCAGGCCGACCUCGAGACGGCGCACGGGCUGGAGCCAGGCAACAGGGCGGUCGCCAACCUCAUCGCGCAGUGCAAUGCCAAGCUGAGGGAGCAGAAGUCGCGCGAGAAGAAGAUCUACGCCAACAUGUUUGAGAAGUUUGCGCAGAGGGACAGGGAGAAGGAGGAAGAGUGGCGCCGCAACCAGCCUGAUGUCAUGAAGACCCUGGGGGAAUGGGGCAAGGACGAGCGCGAGCGUGAGAUGACCGACUUUGAGCGAGAAAACCCCAACAUCCUGAUGCUCAACAGCACUGGGGAAGAGUUCAAAAAUAUGUGAGAUUCUCGUGUGUGUUGUCAUUGUUCACUUCGGGUUACUAUGCCGUAGACUCUUGACAUUCGAUUAUUUACUGUCCGGAAGAAAAUCAGACUAAGUGCUGGUGUUCACUAAUGUUAAGUUUGAUUGCCAGUGCCUACAUCCCAUUUGUUUAGAGAGCUUUUAUUUUAUGUACUGUAGUAAAAAUAUUAGUUGAACCUCUACAUAUGCAAGUUGCUAUGAACAUGCAGUCAUCUUGGGUAAGUCCUCGUUGAUCUCUGCUCUCAGACAAUACAACUUAUUCACUUUCCUGUAGGCUCUCUCACAAGUCGGAAUGUUUCUGCAUGUCUGAAGUUUUGAAUGUUUUGAGAAUAUAUUUGUAAAUAUUUUGGUACUUAAAUUCAUUCUAACCAUCA